UCCGCCCACAUGCCGCCCUACGGUAGCCUAUAAAUGGUGGCGCCAGCGACUUUGUAUUUCACUUCUAACUUGGUGCACUUUCGCGCUCUCCGGCCCUUCGAAGUUCGAAAAGUUUCGCUGUCCGUUACUCCGCUGAGAAGCUAAGAAACCAAAAUGCUGAACAAGAACAUCGCUAUUGCCGUCGCCGUGGUCCUGGCCAUCGUCUGCCUGGCCGAAGCCAGGGAGGAAGGUCCUCACGACAUGGCGGACGCACUCCGCAUGCUGCAAGAACUCGACCGCUACUAUACUCAGGCUGCUAGACCCAGGAUUGACCGCCGCGACGUUGCGGACGAAGACCGCGUCGAUCCAGACUUGUUAAAUCGCGCAGUGCGGCUCCUCGUGCUGCAGAAAUUAGACAACAUUUACUCCUACCACACCCGACCAAGGUUUGGCAAACGCUCUGAUGCCUACACGAACUGGGCCAAGGAUCUCGAGAAGCCGGACUUACCUGCCUGGCUGUCGUACGCCAGAAGGAGAUGAGGAGUGCAACAGUCUCGGGAUCCAUAUAAAUAACCAUGUCAUUUAAAUCAAUGUUCGUGAUUACUGUUACAGUUCUAACGUUUAAGUACCACAUUCCAAGUUUUAUCCUUUAACGUGUACGUUAUACCCCAUUUCACAUACAGACUCGCGAGUUUGCGUUUCGACUGAUCCGAAUUUGUUUUUGUAAUUCGAAUUUAUUGAAUUGGUUAUUCAUUUAUUUAAUAGUUUAUUAUUAUUUAUUGAAUUGUAAAAUUUACUGUAUUUUUUAUUCAGAUUUCGAGUAAAUGUAUAGUUGACGGUAUUGUACCUUAUUGUAUUUACAUAUUUAAACGAUACCCAUUUUGCAUUCUUCCUAACUUAAGAGUCAUUAAAUCAUAGAAAUUCAAAAUAACAAUGUACCUUUACGGAUCAAAUAUCAUUGUAAUGUUAUGAAUAAAAGCAAUUGAUAAAAUGUAAUAUUAAA